AUAUAACUCUCAGUUUAUUUCACUAAUUAUUAGAAUAACAUAUAAUUUAAUUUUUUCCUUAUUUAUAAUUAUUGUUAACUGAAAUUAAUCCAUCACUAUGAAAUACUCAAUGUUAUGGCUUUUGAUAGCUGUAGUUUUAGUUCAACAAUGUUUGAGUCAUCCUAUCAAUGAAGACCCCUCAUACAAAGAAGCUGAAGAUCAUACUGGUCCUGACCAUGACGCUGGUGAUCUUGCUGAUCAUGACCAUUCAUCUUCUAACCACGAAAACCAUUCAGGCCACAACCAUGGAGACCAUUCAGGCCACAACCAUGAAGACCAUUCAGGCCACAACCAUGAAGACCAUUCAGGGCACAACCAUGAAGAUCAUUCAGGCCACAACCAUGAAGGAAGUGAUCAUUCUGGUCACCACCAUAAAUCAACUGAAUACAAAUGUCAUAAAUAAAAAUAACUAAAUUAUAAUUAAUAUUUUCUAAAAAUUAAGUUGCUAAGAAUGAAUAUAUUGACGAUGAAAUAUUAAAGUUUUUCAA